AUGGCAACCAAAGGUGUCGCUGUUGGGCUGCUGCUUUUGCUGCUUUGCGUGAUUUAUCACGCCCAGUUCGCACAAGCAGCCAAUGCAUGUGGCACUGGCGGCGUGUGCGCUUGCAGUUUAACGAGUGUCGAUUGCCGUGGCUCAUCUCUGUCGGCCAUUCCAACCGAUUUCCCAGCCGCCACAACGAGCUUGCAUUUGGAGGAGAAUCAAAUCACCAGCAUUUCCGCAAACGCAUUCACAGGCUUAACCGCGCUGACUGAACUGGUGCUAUAUGGCAACCAGAUCACUAGCAUUCCCGCCACUGCUUUUGCAAGCUUGACUGCGCUGUUGGAAUUGGAUCUAUCCAGCAACCAAAUCUCUCGCAUUGAUUCCACUGAAUUCACUGGCCUGGCUGCGCUAGGUGAACUAGAUUUGUCCAACAACCAGAUCACCAGCAUUUCGGCAAGCGCAUUCACAAGCCUGACUGCGCUGUAUUACUUACAUUUGUCCAACAACCAGAUCACCAACAUGUCUGCAAAUGCAUUCACAGGUCUGAUUUCGCUGAAUUUCUUAUAUUUGUCCAACAACCAGAUCACCAGCAUAUCUGCAAAUGCAUUCACAGGUCUGAUUUCGCUGACUACCUUACAACUACACAGCAACCAGAUCACUGGCUUUUCCGCAACCGCAUUUACAAGCCUCACUGGUUUGACCAGUUUGACUUUGAACGAUAAUCCUAUCACGACUUUACCGCCUGGUCUGUUCAAGGGCUUGCCAAAUGGCUUGGCGUUGUCGUUCUCUUACCCAUAUCUGGCCCCCAACAACUUUACCUUUGGUGGAAACUCUGUCGCUCCGCCCAGCACCUACGGCAGUGCAUCGGAACCACACAAGUGUGAUACAGUCUGUGCCACCUGCUAUGCCGCUGGGUCCAGUGCGUGUUGCAAGAUCAAUUGUUCGACCUGCGCUUCAUCUACUGUGUGCACGCAGUGCUAUGAAGGUUAUGGCAUCAUGAGUGGAUCCUGCGUUCCGCUCGCUUCCAUCGCCUCCGUCGCCUCAGUGGCGUCAACGCAAUCUGCCUCGAUAGCGUCUCUUGUUUCUGCGACCUCGGCGCUCUCGGCAUCCGUUGCUUCACUCGCUACUGCAUCUUCAGCUUCAAUUGCAUCACAAGUGUCCGCAUCUGUCGCUUCUGAUGUUUCCGCUACCUCGGCCCUCUCGGCUUCCGUUGCGUCCAUCGCUACUGCAUCCUCAGCUGCAAUCGCCUCACAGGCGACUGCAUCAGCUGCCAGCGCUUCAUCUGCAUGGCAGACAUCAGCCGCAUCUGCUGCAUCCAACGCUCCAAACAAGUCAAGUGAUGCAUCAGCUGGGCCUAUUAUUGGCGGCGUGAUUGGUGGCGUGGGGGCGUUGCUCUUGUUGGCUGUGCUGUUGGUGGCUCUUCGCCGUCGUAAAGGACGCAAGGCAACAUCUGGCACCGAUCGGUCUCGCCAGUCCGUGGGUCACGUCGGCGUGGUCAAUCUUACCUACAAUGCUUUGCUCGCGAACGGAGGCGGCGGCGACCACGCCUUGUACGCGCAAGUUGGUUCAAAGCCCCAGGCUCCUGCGGGUUUGCCCGAACUGGUGUAUGCCGAAGCAUCUGUGUCUGCACCCAGUGCAACAAAAGCCACGACCAGCGGUGUCGAGUACGCCAAUCCUUCGCUGCCCAGCCCCUCGUCCGUUGGUGUGCCGCCUGCGUCCUCACCAACCGCUUACGCGGCGAUCGCUGUUGUACCUUCGACGCAGGAUGGGACUGUCGACUAUGCGACGAUCGCAAAAUAA